AUGGAGCCUAACACUUCGGAGAAUGAGGACAAAACAUCAAAGCUCGACGAAGGUCAGAUUUGGGUCAAACCCUGUCACGCUGCUACUAGGAAGCUUAUCGCUCUCCUCCUCUCUCGCAGCAACCAGAGAAAAUUGCACAUCACCAUUGCUGAACUCGAUUUAUCCUCUAGUGAAACUCCAGAAUAUGGCCCACGCUUUGUGGAGCCAUUUCCCCGUGAUCAACUGAGAGAAUAUAUAGUCCGGGAACGACCAUGGGAUGGAUUUGAUAUCUGUGGUCCGAAUAUCGACGAUACCCCGAAGCUACGUAGAUACCGACGCAACGAACUUGGUUCCGUAUAUGCGCCUCAAUGGCAAUGGAAGCUUAUAAGCUGGACGACCACCAAGGAUAAGGCGCAGCCCCAUAUCAACGCCUUCGUAGUUGAUUCGCAGCCUCACCGUGUUGGUCGCCUCAACUCCGGGGAAGUAUCUCUUGCCUAUGGCUUGAUCGCUAAACGCCGAAUCGAAGAUGAAUCUAAUGAUCACCGAUAUAUCCCUAUCACCGUCAUUUCUGCGUCAGAUUUCCCAACUCCGUAUCCUUCAGAUCUGGCACGAUAA